CUAGCUUCUCUUCGAAUAUUCGGAGCCCAACUCCUAUUCCUCUUCACGCAUUUUUAGCUCUAGUUCUCUCCUUUUAUAAAAGACACCCUUUGCCUCUGUCUACCUCUUCUUCAAACCUAAUAUUUUCAUUUCCUCUAGAGUAACUUUUGUUUUGUUUUUGAACACAUUCAGAGGUUUAGUAAGAAAAUGGGUUUCUCUAGAGCAAAACGUGUCACCGAUCCACUAGCCGAUGAGGCUAAGGCUCGUCUCGUUGGGUGCAGCUUCAGCAGCGGCAGCGAACACACCGGCGACGGUAUCGACGACUACGACGAUGAUUCCCCUUGUCUUUCCUAUCUAGUCCAAGGGUUCUUGGAAGACGAAGCUAACCAGGACGGUGACAAGGAGCCACGCUGGUGCGAGAGCGACUCGGAAUCAGACUCAGACUCUGACUCGGAGCGAGUCGAGCUCCCUGACUUUGCGGAAGAUAUUGUUAAAAUUCUGAGGAACUCUCUUAGCGAAGACAAUUACGGACGCAUGGUGCUGUUUCAUGUCGCGAGAGCUAUGGAAAUGCUGCCGCCUCUGGGAUCUGAUCAAGAACAGCGUGCCGUUUUGCGACGUAAGGUCAUGUCCUUUCUUAGAGGGUUCGGACACAAUGCGGCGAUCUGCAAAACGAAAUGGAAAUCCUCCGGCGGCCUCACCGCAGGGAACCAUGAGUUUAUCGACGUCGUUUACACUCCCGCCGCCGCCACCUCGCAUCAGACCGUACGUUACAUCGUAGAUUUGGACUUCGCGUCGCGGUUUCAGAUCGCUAGACCGACGGCACAGUACUCGCGUGUGCUUCAGUCGCUUCCGGCGGUUUUUGUCGGGAGAGGGGAUGAUCUGAAGCAGAUCUUACGUCUCGUGUGCGAGGCGGCGAGGUUGUCGCUUAGGAGCCGUGGCCUCACGCUUCCGCCGUGGAGAAAGAAUCGUUAUAUGCAGACGCGGUGGCUAGGUUCUUACAAACGCACCGUGAACUUAACGCCUUCGUCUGCCGCCGUUAACACCGUCAUGUGUCGUGCCGUUGGUUUCGAUAACGCCGUCGGUGACCGUCUAUUUGUCCGGACUCGAUAAUUUAAAGAAUAGAGCCACGUGUCCUGUUUUGAUUCGUAAUUUUCCUUAAUCCUAGAGAAUAAUUAUUCAUUAUUUAAAAUUUCUUGUUAAUAAAAAAAAUGCGAGACAAAACAAGUAAAUGAAAGCCAGAAAAAUCCAGAUUUUACGUA